GUGCGUAGGCUUGGUCUGUGCGGAGUCAUGAAAGUGUUUGUAAACAACUCCAUCAGAAGGAGCAGCAAACUGGAGUCGGACCAAUUUCCACAAACAUCUGUGAUUGUCAACACAUCCUGUAAAGUGUCCCACAGCUUGGGAUACGAAGGAUGCUUGAACUCACGAUUUCUUCAUGUCUUCAAAUCGACAGGAUGACGCUUCAUUAACACUAGCGAUUAAAGCUGUUUCAGUUGCUAUAGCAGCUCGACUGUGGUGCUACCAAAUCCCUUUCAUUGCCGGUGUACUUUACACCUGUUGAGUAAAGAUGCCUUGGCCAUUUUCGGAGUCUAUCAAGAAGCGGGCCUGCAGGUACCUCUUGCAUCGGUACCUUGGCAACUUCCUGCAGGAGAAGCUGAGCUUGGAUCAGCUUAGCUUAGACCUCUACCAAGGCACUGGAUCACUUGCCCAAGUGCCAUUGGAUAAAUGGUCUCUCAAUGAACUCCUUGAGACGGCGGAUGCCCCCUUUGAAGUAAUUGCAGGGUUCAUCCAGACAAUUUCUCUGACAGUCCCAUGGGCAGCUCUGCUACAGGAAAAUUGUUCUCUAGAGAUCAAAGGGUUAGAGAUGGCACUCAGACCUAGACCGAGAGUGGCAUCUGGUCUUGAACCCAUGUACUGGUCCAGUUUCAUGACAAGCAGCUUGCAGCUUGCUAAGGAAUGUCUCAGCCAAAAACUGACAGAUGAUAUGGGAGAGAGCUUCCAGCCCUUUGAGGGACUAGAGAAGUUUGCAGAAACAAUAGAGACAGUUUUGAGAAGGGUCAAAGUGACAUUUUUGGACACUGUUCUCAGAAUCGAACAUAUACCGGAAAAUUCAAAAACUGGGAUUGCGCUUGAAAUUCGAAUCAACAAGAUUGUUUACCGGGAUGAAACUGGUGAGGAGAGUUCAAAUGUGAAUGUGCAUCAGCCAACCACAUUUGCACACAAAAACCUGCAGAUGGAAGGUGUCACCAUAUUUUGGGAUGAAUUUUCAGAUGCAUCUCGAGCAGGAUGUAAAUCCUCCCCAACUCCAACGGAAACUGAGCCCAAGCUCUCCCCUAGCUGGAAUCCCAAAAUAAUUUGUGAGCCUCACCCCCAGUUCACGGAGCGUGUAUCUUCUACAACUACAUUUGAACCUGUGCAGAUCGGGAGCCUUGGUGGUAGAAUUGAGUUGUCCCUCACUCUUAAAAACAACUUGGCAAUGCCUGGAGCAAAGCUGGAUGUUGUUGGACAUAUCGAUACUCUAAUUUUUCUGCUGUCCCCACGUCAAGUCCAUCUACUUCUGGACUUGUUUGGAGCUUUCUCUGGUGGAUGUGCACAGGAAUGGGCUAAAGAUAGAAAGAGUCGACCCAUACAGCAGGAAGAUGAGUAUCGACUUCAUAUGGAACUCAACCGCUGUCUGAAGAAGGACACUACCCUGCCAGGAUCAGACCCUGAACUCUUCGAGAGCCAGACCACCAGAACCGUGUCAAGUCGAGAUGAUGUGUUCUUUUCAAUGGCUGAUAUGGACAUGUCUCACAGUUUGUCAUCCCUCCCCCCUCUGGGUGACCCACCCACUGUUGACUUGGAUUUGUCACUUAAUAGCAACUACUCUGCUUCCCCAGGAGAAUCCCCCUCUGGAAAUACAACAGGUCUGUGGGAUGAUUACAUGGAUGUACCACGACAAAGAGAGAGACUGCCCAAUGAAACCCCCGCCUCGUCACGGGAUUCACAACUUCAUCAAAAAUUACCGAGACAGACCCCCCACCCAUCCAAAACCCAUGGUGAUGAGUCAAGGCCAGAGCUGGUGUUGAGGCUGACACUGGGCAGCCUGGCUGUCUCUGUUCUCCACAUAGACCCACUGCCACCACCAGAUGCAGCUCCUAGUCCCCUUGGUCCUAUUGCUGCACACUUCUUCAGCAUGGUUGGCCCAGGCCACCUUCCCCCAGUGGCUUUCCUCCGGUCUCGGACAGCGUUUAAUCAGGCUUGUCCUCAUGACCACCUCAGGUUUGUUGGCCAGGGUCUGAAGAUAACCUAUGAACACUGUCAAGGAACCAGUUUAAGGACUUUCAGCACCGACUUGUCUGUUAACCAGAUGGAAUUUCUGGAGUGCCUCUUCCCCUCUGAGACUGUCAUUGGUGGAUCCCAAAGAGGCAUUCAGUACACUGAGCUCCUGACAUUUGACACCACAGCCACUGCUGAAGCGCAGCUUACCACCUGCCUUCACCUGCUUUACAAACUGGCUGAGCGCAGGGGCCCUCAGGGUGGCCAGGUUCGCUUCAGCACCAUUCCCAGGAAAGCUGAGAUCCAGGUGGAACUAGGCCCAAUUCGGUGUGAGUUGGACAUCAGCAUUGUAGACCGUCUCAACUCACUGCUACAACCACAGAAGCUGGCCACCACAGACAUGAUGGCCUCCCACAUGUAUACGUCCUAUAAUAAACAUGUCAGCCUGCACAAAGCCUUCACCGAGGUUUUCCUUGACGACAGCCACACUCCAACCAACUGUCAUGUAUCGCUGACUGUAAGUGCUCCAGUGCUGGGUCUUGCAGUUCGCUUCCCCAUCCCUGACCUGCGCUCAGAUCAGGAGAGGGGCCCUUGGUUCAAGAAGUCGCUGCAGAAGGAAGUGCUUUACAUGGAGUUUGAAGACCUGGAAGUGAAAACCGAGUUCAUGGGUGGCAGCUCUGAGCAAACCAAGAUGGAACUCACCUUUAGGGACCUUAUUGGAAAGUUCCAGGAGGAGCCGGAUCAACCAGCUGCCCGGUUCCUCAGAGUGUCCCACACCAUGGAUGGAGACAUGGCAACAUCUGAAAGUGUAAAGUUUGACUGGCCGAGGGUUGUGCUGAGGAUGAACCCCACGGCGGUCCACUCAAUCCUCGAGCGCGUGACGGCUGAAGAUGACGAGGGCGCCGAGGAUCAUUCUCUUGAGGAGGAAGAAGAGGAAGGAGCCGCUCAUUCACUGAAGGAUGUGUGUGACUUUGGGAAACCAGAGCCAUCACCCUUUUCUUCACGUAGAGUUAUGUAUGAGAAUGAAGAGAUGAUCAUACCUGGUGAUGUUGCUGAGAUGACAGAGUUCCAGGAAAAAACCAUGAGCAACUCGCGCUUCAUCCUUGAGUUGUGUUUCCCCAAUGUGCAAUUAGCUCUCCCCAGCAAGACAUUUUAUGAAAAACUACACAACAGGAUAAAUAAUGACCUGCUGCUGUGGGAGCCCACCGCUCCAUCUCCGGUGGAGACAGUUGAGAGUAUGCCGUAUGGAGUUGGCCUCUCAGUUGCCAGCCAGUUGAUUCACACUUACACUAAGGACAGCUUCAGUCAGUUCCGCUCGACUGGACCUGAGGAAGACUCCAGCGGCUCAGAGGAAGAGAACAUGCACUACUACCCUCCUGCCUCUGACGUGGGCCACGGGUCUCGUAAAAAGAAAAAGCACAAAGCUCAAAGCAAGACGUCCCAGAGCCUGUUCUCUGUCAUCCUCAGUGUCAAUCAUGGCUUGGUGGCUCUUCAAACUAAUGCUAAGAGAGAGGAUAAAACUGUAUUGAAAAACAAGCAUGGCGAGUUCUGGCUGGAGGUGAAAAACGCAGUGCUUUUCAGUGUAACGCAGUAUGAAGGCUAUAAAGAUCAACACUUCAUCUGUUUCCACACCAGUAGCAUUUGCAUGUAUCACCAAGGACUCAUGGACGGAGGCACUUCAGUCUCAGAUAUCAAGUUGCCAUGCAGGACACAUCCUCAUUGGCUAGAGCCGACUAUCUACCAAUCAGAGACGUCCCCUGAAAGAUCCUCAACGCCUUCAGAGAGUAUUGGUCUGGAGGCGCGCAGCAUGGUGUCCGUGGCUGUCAAAAUCUCCUCACAGAAUGCAGAACGUAAUAUUAAGGAAUUUCUAGUUGCCAUUGGCGUGAGAGGAGCCACACUUCAGCACAGAGUUGUCCCUCCCAGCCUUGGUUGGUAUGACCAGAUAGUUGACUUUCUGAAUGUUUCUGAUGAGCCUGUGUUGGGUUACGCCCCGCCAACAUCUGUCGCCACCCUUCAUUUACACAUGUGGAGCUGCUCUUUAGACUACAGACCUCUUUACUUGCCACUGCGGUCACUGGUCAUUGUGGAGACUUUCAGCAUCUCCAGCAGCCUCUCUUUGGAUCACUCGUCUUCGUCACUCAGGAUCAUUUUGGACGAAGCUGCUCUGUUCCUCUCGGACAAGAGUAACGCGGUCUCUGUUAAUCUAGCUCGUGACUAUGUCCAAGUUGUGGACAUGGGAACACUGGAGCUAAGGAUUACAGCUGCCAAACCAGGGUUGGAUGGAAAAUUGUUGGAGCCCAGGUUCGAGCUGCGAUGUUCAAGUGACGUCAUUCACAUCAGAACAUGUUCGGACUCCUGCGCUGCCCUCAUGAACCUUAUCCAGUAUGUGGCCAGCUAUGGAGACCUACUGCCCCCUACUGAACCAGAGGCAAAGCACAGCAGCGCCAAACAAAGACCCAAGGCGGAGUUUCCCAGCACGCCCACCUCUCAGACCCCUCUGCUCGCUGAGACGGAGCAGCAGAUGUUGCAGGACCUGAUGAGUGAAGCAAUGGAGGAGACUGACGGGCAGCAUUCGCCAGUGUCACAGCAGAACGGCGCAUAUGAGGAGCAGAAUCCUGAACAAGAAGCGCACAGCUCAGACCUUUUCCUGUUCCCGGAUGAGAGUGGGAAUGUUAGUGAGAGCUCAAGCCCCACUUACCCCAUGCUUCACUCUCCACUCAUCACUCCUGUUCCUACCCUUGCCCAGGAGACUGACGACUUCUGUAUCUUGGAAACCCCUGGUUCCAGAGGAGAGGAUCGUGAUCACGAGCCAGUGGUAAAGCAGCUUACUUCAGAGCCAGUGGAAAUCAAAGAAGAUUAUUUCAGUCAGCCUCUGGAUGGGGGUGAUUCUACCCGGGUAGCCAUGAACUUUCCCAUCCCAGAGGUGCGCUACCUCAUCAAGGAGAUCUCUGUCGUCUGGCACCUUUAUGGCGGAAAAGACUUUGGGAGUACAACCUUUGCAGCGUCUCCAGCUAGAAGCCGGGGAUCUACACCUUACUGCUCCCCUUCUCAAACUCCAGUCAGACAGGCCAGUGCUUCAGGACGGGCAGGAGGUGGAAGAGGGAGGAGGCCUGACGUCCUGAUGGAGAUCCAGCUCAGCAAAGUGAGGUUUCAACAUGAGGUGUACCCACAGGCCCCGGUGGUUUCUGGGUCAGCUGCGGACCAGCCGGUUUCACGGCAGGUGUUUGUUGUGCAGGACCUGGAGAUUCGAGACAGACUGGCUGCUUCGCAGAUGAACAAGUUCCUCUAUUUGUACUCGAGCAAAGAAAUGCCUCGCAAAGCCCAUUCCAACAUGUUGACAGUUAAGGCGCUGCACAUGUGUCCAGAGUCAGGGCAGGCUCCUCAGGAGUGCUGUCUGCGUGUUUCACUGAUGCCUCUUCGUCUUAACAUUGAUCAGGAUGCACUGUUCUUCCUGAAGGACUUCUUUACUAGUCUGACUACUGAAGUUGAGUUUUUUUCACCACCCGCUCAAGAAGCCUUUUGUGUUUCUACAAAGAAAGCAGCUACCCCUGAGAUCUCCUGUAGUUUCCCCAAGCACACUGGCAGCAGCCAGGACCCGGCGCCGAUAAUUUCAGUACCUGCUCAGAGACGUUUGAGCCCCAACGGCUUUGCCACAUCUAGCAAGGAAGAAUUGACAGACGGUGAAACCUCUGCUCCUUCUUUCAGAGACCAGCCAAUCUUCUUUAGGGAGUUCCGAUUUACAUCUGAGGUUCCCAUUCGCUUGGAUUACCAUGGGAAACACGUUUCAAUGGAGCAGGGAACAUUUGCAGGGAUCAUCAUUGGCUUGACACAGCUGAACUGCUCAGAGCUGAAACUAAGGCGGUUGUGCUACAGACAAGGGUUGUUAGGUGUGGAUAAGCUGUUUUCCUAUGCAAUAAAUGAGUGGCUAAAUGAUAUAAAGAAGAACCAACUUCCAGGUCUACUGGGUGGUGUUGGACCUAUUCAUUCCCUAGUACAGUUGGUUCAGGGAUUCAGGGACUUGGUCUGGCUCCCGAUCGAGCAGUACAGGAAAGACGGUCGUAUAGUCCGUGGGUUUCAGCGCGGCACUGCUUCCUUUGGAACGUCGACUGCUAUGGCUGCUCUGGAGCUCACCAACAGGAUGGUGCGGACAAUACAGGCAGCAGCAGAGACGGCCUUCAUGGUUUCCCCAGUCCCUGAUGAGCGAGACACAAAGAAGUUAAAACGGUAUUCCCACUAUGGACUGGCUCAUCAGCCUGUGGACCUGAGAGAAGGUGUAGCUAAAGCCUAUACUGUGGUAAAAGAGGGGAUCACUGACACUGCACUGACCAUCUACGACACUGCCACCCGGGAGCAUGAGCAGCGUGGGAUGACGGGGGCAGUGGGUGGAGUUCUCCGUCAGCUACCACCAGCUGUAGUCAAGCCUCUCAUUAUGGCCACGGAGGCUACCUCCAAUGUCUUAGGUGGGAUGAGGAACCAGAUUCACCCUGAUGCUCGCCAGGAGGAGUCACAGAAAUGGAGGCAGGGCGAGGAGUGACUUUUGUUGCCAUAUUUUUUUCCUGCUGAUUUAAUAUGUUGGAGACAUUUCUGAAGAGGAACAUCUCACAGGUGCAGUAGGAGACCUGGUGUAAAUAUGUUCAUCCUGUGGCAAAUGAGCUACCACGAUUCAGCUUGCGUCAUCUUACCAGUUCUCUCACAGUGCCUUUGUGGUUAUCAGCGUAGUCUGGCUGUGUGUUUAGUCAAAGGGAUUUAUGAAGAAUCAUGGACAUAUGAGCCACAUCAUCUCUGUGAGGACUUUAUGGCUUUUAAAAAAAAAAGAAAAAAUCACACUGUCUCAUGAGGUACAAAAAUUUGCUUAAUCCUCAAAAUGGCUUUGUUUACAAGUUUGUAGUUACAUCCGCUCACCUGGUGUUGACACACUAAUAGGCGUAAUUGCCCUUAAAUUAUGUAAUGUGUACUGUAUGUGGGCCUUGUUAUUUAUUGUUAAUAAUCCUCAUGUGUAACAUUUCAUGCUAGUGUAAGAACAAAUGCAGAAACUGAAUGUUUUACAGAAGUUCUGUAAACUGCACUUUGACGGGUUACUUGCAAGAUUAUCUCAAGAUUAUCGCAAGAUUACCUGAUUUGUUGAAGUUCCUUAAUUUUAUUUUGAGCUUUGAUCAGUGUUGUAUAAUUUUCUCAAGAGCUGCUGUCGCACCACAGCUGCGUUUAACAUUUAACGGAAACGGUUUAAAUUAUUUUGGUUCAUCUGCUGCUCACAUUUUCAUUCUGUAGAUACAAACUUGUUGAAGAAACUACAUCUUAUCGACCCAAGAUCUUAAAGCAAGUCCUCAUAUCCUGCACAACAUACUGUCAUAUGUCUCUAGGGGUGUUAUUUAAAAUUAUUUGGUGUGCUAUGUUGUGCUAAUGCAGACAUUUGAUUUGCUAAUUUUUAUGUUCGGAAAGAAUAUAUAUUGUACAUAUUUGUACAGUUUUAAAUUUGUAUUAAAGGCAUGAAAGGGAAUUAAAAACCGUUUAAGUCAUCACA